AAUGUCAUGAUUAUUGAUAGCCCCAAUAUUUACAUCUAUUCCUUUCAUUUUGUGUGUGUAUAUGUGUAUUUAUUUUGGAUCAUACCCAGCGCUGCUCCUGUUACAGCUGGUUCGACUAGGGAAUCACUCCUGGUGGUACUCAAGGAACCAUACGAAAAGCCAAAGAUUGAACCUGGGUCUGCCAUAAGCAAGGUCCAGUGUGGUUCAACUGACGAGGAUGGAUUACGCCAUGAAGUCCCUCAGCCUCCUGUCCCCUAAGUCCCUUUCCAGGUAUGUGGCCGUGAGCACCACCUCUGUGGUGACCCAGCAGCUGGUGCCCGAACCUGGCCUGGAGGUGCCCCGGGCCCGUCCCUGCAAGGUUAGCAGCGCUGACCGCAGCGUCCGCAAGGGCAUCAUGGCACACAGUCUGGAGGAUCUCCUCUGCAAGAUCCGGGAUGUCCCACUGCUGGCCAGCAAGCCCUUCUCCCUGGUCCUGGAGGAAGAUGGCACUAUGGUGGAAACAGAAGAGUACUUCCAGGCGCUGGCCAAAGACACAGUGUUCAUGGUGCUCCAAAAGGGACAGAAGUGGCAGCCUGCACGGGAGCAGGGAAACAGGUACCAACUGUCUACGUCAAGGAAACCUGCCCAGAAGAUUGAUGUGGCCCGUGUCACUUUUGACCUGUAUAAAAUGAGCCCCCAGGACUUCCUGGGCUGCCUGAAUGUGAAGGCGACGCUCUAUGGUACCUACUCCCUGUCCUACAAUCUGGACUGCGGCAAGGCCAAGUGCCUUCUCAGAGAAGCACUUCGAUGGGCCCUAUUCAGCAUGCAGGCCACGGGUCAUAUGUUGCUUGGCACCUCCUGUUACAUGGAGCAGCUUUUGGAUGCCACAGAAGGCGGGAAACCCCUGGAGCACAAGGCCCCGUCCCUCCUCCCCACCUGUCUAAAGAUGCUGCAGUGAAGGCUUGCCUUAGUCCCCCCCCUGGCCAGCUUGUAGCACCCACAAGCUUGGCAGCUAGAGAGCUUCUUGCCUUAUCACACCUCUCUUACCCCACAGGAACAUGAAAGAGAAGCAGUGGGGAGUGGGGUACAUGGACACCACAUCGGUGGCUAAAAGAGAAUUCAGAGUUCUGGGCCUGACCUGGCAAGCUU